AUGUCUCCGCCUCUUCCCCAGGAACCUCCCCCGCAGGCCUCCGCCCAGCAUCCGCCGAAGAUGUUUCUCUCGCGCGCCUUCGUCGCCAGAGGCACUGGAGACCAGCCUUGGUCGUCUACUUCGCCCCUGUCGUCGCCUUCCUCGACUGCGUCUUCUUUUUCUUUCCCUCGCCCCUCUUCCCUCAAAAGAGGAAACCCGGAGUCAUCUUCCGAGCCGCGUCCUCACGCCCGGAGACUGGGGGACGACAAAGGGGAAGGGCGUGGAAACGGGGAAAGCUUAGAGGGGGACAAACAGGCAGACGCAGGCGACCAGAGUCGCACGGGGCCGUGUCACGAUGCGAUAGUGAAGGAGACUGCGAAGAGCGCGCAGAAGCCGGAAACGGGCAACCACGCCCCCGACAAGGAGGAACCCUCUAAUUGCUUGCCGGGAAUCUUGGGAAUCAUCUCUUUGUCAAAUGGAGAAGGCUGGGUACCCGAAGAAGGCGCGUGGACUGCAAGAAGCAGCACCAGAUGCACCACUGGGGGACGAGAUGCACUGAGCGUCUUGACCUCUUCGGACGGGGCUGAGCAGACCCAGCGAGGGCACAGAGAGGAGAGAGGCGCUAGCGAGGAGGCGGGUUAUUUCCCGUUUCCUGGGCAAGAAGGCGACACUGCCACGCUGAUGAGCGAGCCGCAAAAGCCGCUCGUCUCGCCUGCCUCGUCCCUGUCUUCGGUAUUGUCUCCCUCGUCUUCCCGAUCUGUCGCUGCGCUCCUCGCGCUGCUGCUCGCCAGGCGGAAGCGCGAGAAGGAGCGGAGGCGGCAGGAGCGAAAGGAAGGUGAGGCCUCUGAGACGAAGUCUGGACCUAAAAAAAGUAGAACGGCGCGAGAGCCGCGAGCCCCAGAGGCCUCAGAAGAGGCCGGACCCGAGCCUCUGGGAGACCGACAGAGUGCAGCUCGCGCCCCGCAAGGAGACGAUCGAGAGUUGCCGGCGAGGACGGAGAGAGACAGGAGACGAGGAGAAGAGGAACCUGGCUCAGAGAGAGGCUCGCGCGUUGACAGAAGAACGGCAGCAGGCGAGCAGGGGAGCGUUCCUGCGGGAGAGGCGGCAGGCUGGAGAAAUGCGACGGCGCGAGGAGCGAUGCACGCGCGCGAUAGCCGUGCGAGUGGAGACGCAGAAGCGCGAGCGUUGCCGAGAGGGGAGAAGAAAGCGGAAGGGAGGGACACCACAAGAAGAUUCGCCCCGAGCUGGAAGGAAAGGGAAGGCGCUUUCAAGGCAGCAUCACACUCUGAGGACUCUGGUGAAGAGUUCCGGCCGGAGAGGGGAGAUACCUCACAACAGCGAAGGACAGAAAGAGACGAAUUUGCACAUGUCGCAAACACCGCAGAGAGAGAAAGACGCCCCUUGUCAGCUCCUCAUUCUCGUCGCCCGCCGGCAUGCCGGCAAAGCACCAGAGGGGACUUGCUCGACGCAUCCAAUGGUGGCGAACACGCCAGUGCAGAGGAAGAGAGAAGGACCCUCAGGCCUGAACCGCGCUCGCCGCGAGAGUGCAGCAGAAGACCCGUAUCAGUUCGGGACCGGCGAGGGCAGGCGACGAAGGCGCAUCCCGGCGGCCGCGCAGAAACCGGGAAGGCGCUUAGAGGUGAGGCACGCUUUGUCUCUGAACACAAGGAGGAGAGGAGAGCGGUGCCUGCGCGUUCUGAGCACUCGAAAACGAAGCAGCGGGGAGAGCGAAGGGACAGAGAGCAGGCAUCGAAGACGACUCGCUCUACAUCGUCUGAUAGAGAGCAGAGUGCUGAACUCGAGAGGGUAGGGGCGAGAGAGAGCUGCGCCUUGAGACCCAAGAGAGACGUUGAGCGCGGCACAGCCGCGAAGAGAAAGAGCCGAGACGUUCGAAGCCUUCCCGUCAGCGACAAACGACGGCACACGCCAGGGGCCGACGCCUUCUCCGGAGGUCUCGCCGAGAAGGCCUGCAUUGGCAGGCCCCGCUCGAGGAGACAGUCUCUUUCUUCUCACCUCGACAGCGACGCAACGGCGAUCCGCGACAGCGACAGCGAAGCAGGCGACAGCGUGGAUCCUGGGGACGCACGACGCGAGACACGAGCUAGGCGACGAGAGUCUGCGUCGUCUCUCUCGGAUUGGAAGUACGCGGGAGAGGCACUGAGCCGCAUCAGGCAGGACAGAAGCGAGCUGCGCAAAGAAACCGACGCCCGCCGCUUUCAUCUGUAUCUGGCGGCGAGGGAGAGGCGUGCCUCGCUCGCUCAGGCGACAACGAAGCAGACUUCGCGACAGCAUGCGAAGACCCUGAGACCACAGACCGAAGUGAAUCCCCGCGCUGGCGUGUCCAUCCCCCGACGCCAGCGGCGUGCCUCCCCUCUGGAAGAGGAGGACGAACAGCGGGAAGAAGAUAAACGAGACGCACACGAGGAAUCUGAGGAAGACUACCUGGAUUUUCUGCUUUUCACAGAUAAGAAGGGGCGAGCGAGAAGGCGGGAGUCGGCUGCAAUGCGUGGGGACGAGUCCCCUCGUCAGGAGAGGAGACAGGGCGAACCCGAGAGCCGUGACGCAGAGGCGAACCCUGAAAGCGCGUUGCCGUCGCCGCUCGCUCGCGUCCGCCGUCUCGGCGAGAGCCUUGAUGACGUGAUUGCGAGACUGGAGGACCGAAGAGAGUUUCUGAGAAGGCAGAAAGUCCCCUCACCGCCUCCCUCCCCGCCUCCGCAGCAUGUCUCUCCCUCUGAAUAUGUUUCUUCCUCUCCACCUUCUUCCGUUGCCUGUUCGCCGGCACUACGCCACCCUCCGCUGUCUCCCUCGCCCUUCGCGUUGGCGGCGCCGCCUCGGCCUCAGGCCGCCUCCCCUGCGCCACUUGUCUCGCACGGCGGCGCGCGGAUUGCUUUGAGUGCAGAGAAGCAGACUGCCCUCUCCACUCCCUCAGCCACUGCCCUGGCGAUGCACGCGGGUUCGCUUUCCUGCUUCUCGCGCUUGGCUCUCCUGUCGCACCCCGUUCUCUUCGCUUCGCGGAAGACCCCUACCUCGCCCUACACAGUCUCGCCUCUGGAGUGUGCGGAAAAUUCUUCCUCCCUCUCGCGCUCGCUGCCUUUUCCUCAUCCCCUCACGCUCGUCGCCUUGCCCGUGGAAGACCGAGGCGCCCGCCGCACCGCGGAGAGCGGGGCGUACGAGCCGUCGAACGAACCGCGGGAAGGCAGCCCCUUCGGGCUUCCUGGGGCCCUGAGGCCCCAGAACUCUUCGCUCAGGCGUGCGUCGCGUUCUGUCCCGCCGCGGGCCUUCUCGCCCUCCUGUGCGCUUUUCGCGAGAGCUUUCGGUGCUCAGGCAGACCCCGCAUCUUCCUACGUGGGCCGUGUGCCCGCCGAGGGCGCCUCUAGAAGGGUCUUGGAUUCGUUUUCACAUCUUGACCGCCAGACGAAGAAUCGGUCUCUGCCCAGGCGCAACGCCCAGCCGCUCCUUCAUCCAGAGCAGGCGGAGGGCUCUUUUGCCGCAGCUUGCGUCGCGGGGCAGGGGCGCUCUCGUCUGCAUGCGGGCGGUCUCGCGGUUCCUCUUUCUCCACCUUCCUCGUUUCACGCCCCCGUCGCGUCGUUUGCUUCUCUGAUGCCUGAAGAGCGGUGGAGGGCACCGGGCGGCGCCCGCGCGUCCCCUCUCCUUCGACAAGAGGCCUCUGUUCCCGCCUCGCAAGAGGACAUGCGAGAGCGCGUCGAUCGGCGAGGCAGCGCCUCGCCUCCGCGCGCGUUCACUGUCUCCCCUGUGUGCGCGCUACCCUUCUCACGUUCGCCCCGGUGCGCGGAAAGCGCGGACGCUGCCGACGACCGCACGCUCCGCGCGAGAAUGCAAGCCCCAGCCAGCGGCACGUCGUGUGCGGCAUCGCCUGGCUCGUGUUGUCGUCUGUGCGGGAAAGCUAGAAUUCUCUGCGUGUGUGAGGCGAGGGACGAAGGACAGGGCGAUGCGCACGGCUGGCGCCCUGGCGGCCCCCUCUUCUACGACCCAGUUCCCUCGUCGCCUGGCUUUCCGCUCUCUCUCGCGUCCACGCCUGCGUUUCCUUUUCCUGCUUCGCCCUCUGCGCUUCCGAGUGGGCAAGGCGGCGGCCUCGAGACAGGCUUCUGCGUUCCAGCAGGCGUCGCCGCGCAGUCCCCGACUUGGUCGCAGCUGGCGGCUGAGCGCGAGCGAGAGUCUCGCUCCUUGCCUGCCCAGCUUCCGCAUCUCCACGCGGCCGCUCUGCAUCCUCUUUCCUUCGUGGCACCCAACGCACCGGGUGUCUCGCCUUACUGCCUGCCUCCAGAGGCCUCGGGGGUCGCGCCUUCGCUGCCUGAGAUGCCCGCCGUGCCCCCCUCCUAUCCUCCAGGCGCCGGGGAGCUGUCUCCUCCUCUCCUGGCGGGGCGCCCCUCGGCGUCCUCGCGCCCGCCGCCUGCGCGCCCGCGGGCCCGCGAGAGCGUCGCGCGCGGCUCAGACCGUCUGCUCAACAUCCUGCAGCAGCGCUACGGCCAUCACCCCCCACAGCACCUCCGAGAGAGGCGGCGAUCUUCUUCCUCGUCUUCGACCGCGUCGGCGAGUCGGCGGAAAGGCGCGGAGAAGCGCAAGGCUGCGACGCAGGGCGAGCCCCGCGGACGCCUCUCCCCCGGCCCAGUCCCGCCGUGGCGCGUGCCGGCGCCUGCAGGGCCUUCGCCGCCGCCGACCAUCGCCGCAGGGCCCUGCCGGUAUCCCGCGGCGUGUUUGCCGCGGGCGCAGCCGCGCGGAAUCGGCUGGUCGAAGCUCGGGCCCUUCGGAGCCAAGCACCUCAUUCUCACCAAGCUAAUCGAUAACUUGGAGAUUGCCCAGCGGCAAAUCAACUCGCGCGGCAAGCAGCAGGGCCCUGGAGCGGCUCGAGCUUCGCCGGCUGUGCCUGCAGCCGCUGCCGGGGCGCCCGUCUACUCCGCAUUUGCCGACCUUCGGACGGUCGAGCAACAGGGGAAGGACAUUUUCAAUGCGCUGAACUGCCGCUGGCGGCAGUUCAAGGCCUCCGGAGGGGCCGCAGCGAGCGCCGAGGAGACGACAGACUUCUGGCGGCGCGGCUGUCCUGCAGACUCGCGCGACGCGUACCCCGUCGACGGAGCGCAGCCGCAGGCUUUCGGCGCGCAUGCAGAGCCGACAGAACAAGACGUGUGCGCGGCAAAGGGCGCAGAGUUCCAGAAUCGACUUUCCAGUUUGAAUAAAAAAAUGGCCGCAGUCGUGGGACGUGAAUACCAGCUGCUGUACGAGUUCGAACGCGCGAGGCGAAACUGGCGCCGCGAGACGGAGCUUCCGCUGAAAAAGAACUCCAGCGCGGCUCUUGACGUCCCUUCCACGCCGCCGUCGACGCCUCCGUCCCUCGCGCGAGAGGCCGCCGCGUCGCGAGAGGAAAGGACAGGGCGGCAGGCUAGGCAGGACGAGGAGCACGCCGUUAGUGUCGAGGGAGACGGCAUAGAGUGCCGGCAACCGGGGGAAAGUCAGGUCAAGGCGCAGACUGCCGAAAGAACUCGAGUGGGCGGAUCUGCACAGAGAAAGCGAGAGGGCGACAGAGUGAGCGCGGCGGGGGCCAGCGGACGGGAGGACAGGGAGGGUGGCGCCCGCAGGCGCCUCGAGCGGAAAAGGAGCGAAGUUCUUUCGCCACCUUCCCUCGCAGGGCGCCGGAUCUUCGACUCAGAUAUCGAGCGGGAGAAACGAGAGAGGCUCACCCGUCCUCGCACGCGAAGCAGCGUGUCUUGCGCGCCGCUGGAUCGCAGGAGCGUCGAGUUUUCCGCUCGUCGCGCUCGGUUCGUCUCCCCGGACUCGAGCUCGACGUCUCCGCGGCUGCCGCCCCCCGGGCGCGAGUGGGGUGGCGUGCGUCAUUUUUGUUCAGUUCCAUCGCGGCCUUAUUCGCGAUUCCUGCGCACGCCGUCGCAGUCCAAGACAGAAUGCGAAGGGGUUGCUCUCCCUCUCUCGGGGCUGCCCUUCGCGGCUGCGCCUGCUCCGUACGCGGCGCUGCCGCCGAGGCAGUCCCUGCCGCGGGCGCCCUGGGCGGUGCUCGAGGCUGCGAGGCAGAGGCGGGUUUCUUCGAAGCCAGACGACGACUUCCGCGCGGGCGCCGAGCCGAAAGACGCAUCGCUCGAUCCGGACGUCGCCGCCUUCGUCAGGAGCGGCGGCGGGCAGUUUGGCGAGUUUGGGCUGCGGGUGCUCGAGGGGAAACAGGAGAUUCUCCAGCGUCAAUUGGUCAACUCCGAGGCGCGGAGGACCGUGGAAAAAGCUUUGCGCGAAGCCUCGCGCCUCGACCCCUUUCUCGUCCGCACAGAAGAAGAAAUGCUCCACUGCAUCGGGAAGCACCUCGGGAAACGCCAAAAGAAAUAA